UUUUCUGAUGAGAGCUUCCUUUUGGCAAUCCCCCCGAGCACGUAGGACCUGGUAGAAUCAGACCAUCCUUCAAGGUCCGUUUUCUCUCACCCUUGAGCCGCGGCGCCAGCAAAAUUCAUUCUCGAGGCACGUUAGAAGGUUCACAUACCCGCGAAACGCGUACAACCAAGACACGUCUGAUUCCUCGAACAAAUCGAACCCCUUCCCCGCCAUGUACCGAACCGCGAGGCCGAUGCUCGCCUUCGGCACGGCCGCCGCUGCCGUACGACCCCGGGCCUUCCCCAGAGUUCAGCCGACAGCGAAGAGGAUAGCGGCCGCCCCGGGUGCCGUGGCCACGAGGAGCUACGCAGGAAAGGCGAACCCGGCGGACCUGCGCCUGAGCUCGCGCCUGAACAAGCAGUUCGCCCUGAAGGAUGCCAGCUACUCCGCCAGCGAGAUGGAUAAGUCCAUGUCCAUGGCGCACAUCAUGCUCCCAGGAACCUUCGUCCCCGUCCCCUUCUCCCAGUUGGAUAAGUCCCCGAAAGCCCUUUGGGAAUACACCUUGGCCCGCAUCAAGCAGCGGGCCAAGGACUUCGCCACUGUCCUCGGCGCAAAGAUCUCGUCGAUGCCCACCUGGACCACCCGUCCGCGCGCCCAGCUGAACCGCACGAAAAUCGUCCCCGAGGCCAAGGCCCUGCACCAGCGCCUUGGUGAGGCCAUCGCCGCAGGCGACAAGAACACCCUCCGCGAGAUCUGCACGCCACGCCUCUUCGAGACCCUGUCGGCCACCGUCUCGCGCCGCCGGGCCGACGAGAAGGUCACUUGGGAGCUGCUGCGGUACAUUGGCCGGCCUCGCGUCGUGAGCCACAAGGUCGCCGUUAUGCCGCCUAUCGGCAAGGGCCCCGUCAUCCAGCAGGUCGUUGUGGCCAUCAGCAGCGCGCAGAGGCUGGGCAAGGUCGACAAGAAAACCGGGAAGGAGAUCAAGGACGGCCUGCGCGUGCAGAACCAGACCGAGUACGUCGUCUUGAGCAGACAGUUCGACCCCAAGACGUGGAAGCCCAAGAAGUGGGUUGUGUGGGGCAACACCAAGCCGACGACGCUGAAGGACUGGAGGUUGGAGGAGAAGGGCAUGCAGCAGAUGGAGCAGAAGGACUUUGCCAAGAGACGGGGAGGUAAGGCAUAAGUGGCAGUUGCGACGGCAGGAUGGAGACACGUAUGCGAGUGUCUUUGUGUGUAUGAGGAGUAAAAACAUGUAAUGAGUGUAUUGUACGUGUUUGAUUAACUGGCAGGAAAACUGGCCUGAUUGCAUUAGGAGCAAAAAGACUCUCCAACCCCAAAAUGUAUAAAAAAUCAAAAUCUUCCCCCCCCCCCCCCCCCC